AUGGUGGACUACAGCGUGUGGGACCACAUCGAGGUGUCUGACGAUGAAGACGAGACGCACCCCAACAUCGACACCGCUAGCCUCUUCCGCUGGCGGCACCAGGCCCGGGUGGAGCGCAUGGAGCAGUUCCAGAAAGAGAAGGAGGAGCUGGACAGGGGCUGCCGCGAGUGCAAGCGCAAGGUGGCCGAGUGCCAGCGGAAGCUGAAGGAGCUGGAGGUGGCCGAGGGCGAAGGCGGCAAGGCCGAGCUGGAGCGGCUGCAGGCUGAGGCGCAGCAGCUGCGCAAGGAGGAGCGGAGCUGGGAGCAAAAACUGGAGGAGAUGCGCAAGAAGGAGAAGAGCAUGCCCUGGAACGUGGACACGCUCAGCAAGGACGGCUUCAGCAAGAGCAUGGUCAACACCAAGCCUGAGCAGGCGGAGGAGGAGUCGGAGGAGGUGAGGGAGCAGAAACACAAAACCUUCGUGGAAAAGUAUGAGAAACAGAUCAAACACUUCGGCAUGCUGCGCCGCUGGGAUGACAGCCAGAAGUACCUGUCGGACAACGUCCACCUGGUGUGCGAGGAGACAGCCAACUACCUGGUCAUCUGGUGCAUUGACCUAGAGGUGGAGGAGAAAUGCGCCCUCAUGGAGCAGGUGGCUCACCAGACCAUCGUCAUGCAGUUCAUCCUGGAGCUGGCCAAGAGCCUCAAGGUGGACCCCCGUGCCUGCUUCCGGCAGUUCUUCACCAAGAUCAAGACUGCUGACCGUCAGUACAUGGAGGGCUUCAAUGAUGAACUAGAGGCUUUCAAAGACCGCGUGCGGGGCCGCGCCAAGCUGCGCAUUGAGAAGGCCAUGAAGGAAUAUGAGGAAGAGGAGCGAAAGAAGCGGCUUGGCCCUGGCGGCCUGGACCCCGUCGAGGUCUACGAGUCCCUCCCUGAGGAACUUCAGAAAUGCUUUGAUGCGAAGGACGUGCAGAUGCUCCAAGACGCCAUCAGCAAGAUGGACCCCACCGACGCGAAGUACCACAUGCAGCGCUGCAUCGACUCAGGCCUCUGGGUCCCCAACUCCAAGUCCAGCGAGGCCAAGGAGGGGGAGGAGGCGGGUCCCGGGGACCCCUUGCUGGAAGCCACCCCCAAGUCAGGCGACGAGAAGGAUGUCAGCGCGUGA